AUGAGACAAUAUAGGCUGCUUAGUCUCUUUGUAAUCAUUUAUUGGGUUGGACAUAUCCAUGGAUCUUCUGUAAAUAUACGGGAAGCUAGCACUGCCACUGAAGAACUGAGGAAACACUUUAACAAAAUUAACCAAGAUGAUGAUGACAGUACCGGACUUAUAUUUCUGAAGUUAUUUGACUCUUGGAAGGAGGAAGGAGAGAAAAAAAUUUUGCUUAGCCAGAUUGUUCCAGUGUAUUUGAAGAUGCUUGACGCCAUUCCUAAAAUCCCUGAACUACAAGCGAGCAUUAAAAAUCUCAAAAUGAUGCUUCAUACGUCAUUUGAAGAUUUGCUAAAGCAAAGUGACCAGAAACUCAGAGGCCUACAUGAGCUGAAGAAAAUACAGGUGGGGGAUGUUAAAACCCAACAUGCUGCUAUUAAAGAACUUUUUAUGAUCUUGAGAGAACUGUCGGUAAUGGAACAACCGAAAAACCAUGUCGUUAAAAAACGAAAACUAGAUUUUCAGCAAAGAAAUAGAAAACGCAGAAACAGACUAUUUUAGGAUACAAUCAAUCAUAUACUAAAAAAAAU